AUGCCCUCCGAUUCUCUGCUAAGGCGCCCGCACUUCCUGCAUAUCUCGCGUCACCAUACGUUCGAUAUUUCCACCGUUGCGGCCGCUGACUACGAUGUUGAUGUCCAUUCUGGCUUCAUGCCCCCUCAGGAACCGGUCGCCCGUUUGUUGGGCGAAUACGAAGCAUGGGAAGACUUGCUUGACCAUGCAAUUGGAAAACUGAAGUUGGCGGGGGAUGCUUUUGCGACUGUGCAAGAUCGGGAAUACAUAGCAUGCUGGAGGCAGAAAGUCCGGGAGUUACCUAUUGUAGAUGCCGAUCCACUAUAUAAGGACGAACGAGCCCUUCGACGCGCUCACGUCGUUCUGUCAUAUUUAACACAUCUUUACGUCCACUCUGUCACUCACUCACCAUCAUGCCCGAUCUCUAUUCCCCAAUCACUGUCUAUCCCACUUGUUAGCGUCUCUCGGGAAUUGGGUAUACCACCGAUCUUGACUUAUGCCGAUACCAUCGAUCCUUCCCUCCCCGUCGGUCCAAACAACAUCCGCUCAGUAACAAAUAUCACCGGUACGGGAGACGAAGACCACUUCUACAUGACCUCGGCCCGAAUAGAACUUCGCGGCGUCGAAGCUCUUACCCUUAUGCGAGCUACUCUCGACGAGACAUUCUUAAGCGAUGCUCUCACUAUUACUCGAGUAUCCACCUAUCUCACACGUCUGGCAGGAGUCAUAGAUGAUAUUUCUGCGUUAUUGAUGUCAGUGCGACAAGAUUGCGAUCCAGACGUGUUUUAUAACCAGUUCAGACCCUGGAUUAAUGGCGGGACAGCACAUCCUUCUGGGUGGAAUUUUGACGGUUUUGCCAAACUCAGCGGGCCGUCGGCAGGACAAAGUUCGCUUGUACAUGCACUAGACAUUUUUCUUGGAGUCGAGCAUCCGCCACAUGGUUCAUCUGAGUCAACCGAGAACCCAACGCAUCCUUCCCCGUCAUUCCGACCUUCUACUUCCUCUGGGAUGUUCCUUCAAAAACAACUCCUCUACAUGCCACGGCAUCACCGCGCAUUCCUAUCUUACUUAAGUAAACACGUGGACCAACCCAAGUUGAAGGAAGCAUACAACUCGGCGGUUGAUGCGUUGAAGCGAUUUAGGGAUGGGCAUAUUCGCAUUGUGACAUUGUAUAUAAUCGCCCAAGCAAAGGGGAAUGUCGACCCCUCUUCGCUAUUUUCGUCUGCAGCGGUUCAGAGUGGAGAGGAGGCGAAGGGACCGAGGGGAUCUGGUGGGACUUUGCUUGUGCCGUUUUUGAAGUCCAUAAGGGAUAAUACUUCAAGGACUUUCAUUCACAGAGGUGCUUGA